AUGGCAUCCCCUUGGAAGAAUGACCGCAUCCAAAACCAUGAGGACAAGGUGUUGCUGGAGCGCAUCAAUGAGUACUUCUUGGCUUUCGCUGUUGCCGAUGCCGACAAAAUGAACAGCAUGGUGGCUGAUGAUUAUCGCAUGACCGACAUCCCCCUCGGUAUCGUUAGAGCAUCCAAAGGAGAUUGGUACGGACAGAAUAAGGGAUUCAGCGGUCUCAUGACGGACAUCUCAGUCGAGGCCAUUUCGCUCCACGGCAGUUCUGAGCCCGGCAAGUUUGCAGUGCUGGAGAACGUCGUCCGAUUCACGUUGAAGGUUGACCCUCCCGAGGUAGCCAAGCCCAACCUUCCCCCUGGAAUCAAGAAGGGCGAUUCCUCUGGUAUGAUUAUGUGCUCUACGAUCUGGUGGAACAAGGAAGGAAAGAUUGCCCGCGAACUUGAGUAUGGAAAGUUGUUGUGGGAUGGCUUUGAUAUCAACAAAUUCAACCAGUUCUAG